CGCCCGCACGCCCGACGCCGCCGCCAUGGAGGAAAUGGAGCUGCCGCCGAUCGACCCCGAGCAGAUGGCCGUCCUGAAGCGCGCCUUCGACAGCUUCGACUCGGACAAGAAGGGCGCCAUCUCGACGGACACCGUGGGCGUGGUGCUGCGCAUGAUGGGCCAGACGGUCAACAGAACGAUCCUCAACCAGAUCAUCGAAGAGGUCGACGUGGACGGAUCCGGAGAGCUGGAGUUCAACGAGUUCUGCCUCCUGGCCACCAAGUUCAUGAACGAGGAGGACGAGGAGGAGCUCAAGAAGGAACUCUACGAAGCCUUCAGAUUAUACGACAAAGAAGGCCAGGGCUUCAUCCCGACGGGCGUCCUGCGCGAGAUCCUGCACGAGCUGGACGACAAGCUCACGGACGAGGAGCUCGACGGCAUCAUCGACGAGAUCGACCAGGACGGGUCCGGCACCGUCGACUUCGAUGAGUUUAUGGACAUGAUGACGGGAUAAGAAGCUCUGGACAAGGUUCGUCAUGCUAAUUUCACGACGGCAUCAUACGUCAUCCAAAUAUCCUGACGUCACCAAAAAAUCUCUGACGCCAUCACUACGUCAUCCCAAAAGUCUUGACGUCAUUACCACGUCACCAACGGCCCGGCCGCAGCGUCCGCCUCGCGGGCGGCGCCCCUGCAGCCGCCGCCCGAAACACCGCCACGAGGAGUGACCUUUACCAUCUUUCUCUUACGUCCCAUGGACUCGACUUCCUCUAAUUGGGAACCAACAGUAAUAUAAAAAGGGAAUAAAAGAAACUUUGACACUUCUAGACCUCAAGAUCGACUUUAUUCAUACGACCAGCAGUGUUUGGCUCCACGAGGCGCGUGCGAGCAACUUCAACGGAAAGCCAAAGCCGCGGAACGCCAUCCCGCCAAAAUCACAACGAGAAAGCCUCCCUCCCUCCUUAAGUUCUAGUACAAAGAGUCCAUAAGAUACACACUGUGAUUCAAUCGUUGACGAAAUAUUUUAUAAUUUUAUACACACCUAACUUUAAGUUGCUAUGGUUCAAUAUAUUCAACUUUAUUUUGCUAGUUAUCUCGAUUGAGGCUUCCACGCGCGUAGAGCUUCGUUCUGUCCUUUGUUACAGCUGUUCUCCCCCUCCCCCUCCCCCCCUCCCCUCGGUAGGAAAGCUAUGCCUGUUCCAUCUCGCGUACGUGUUGACAUGUUAACUUAAGGUUCUUGUAAAAAAAAUAAAGGGAAAUUUGUAUA